ACUUUUGGCAAUCAACUUCUUGGAUACAUGGCUUGGCUAAUACCUGUAAUGGUGGCAGUGUCUGCUUUUGGAGGAUUAAGCGUUCAUAUUAUGACAUCAUCUAGAAUGUGCUUUGUUGGCGCCAGGAACGGCCACUUUCCUUCCAUGUUGAGCCACAUCAAUAUGUCCAGACUCACACCUACGCCUGCUUUAAUAUUUCUGUGUAUUCUGUCCUUGAUAAUGUUAUGCACGAGUGAUAUAUUUGUACUGAUCACAUACUGCAGCAUAGUAGAGUCAUUUUUCAUCAUGGUUUCCGUGGCUGGAAUUUUAUGGCUGCGUUAUAAAAGACCUAAUAUGGAACGACCAAUCAAGAUACCAUUGUGGAUACCUAUAUUGUUUGUAGCGUUAUGCGCUUUUCUGGUUAUUGUACCGUGCUAUAAAAGACCAUACGAAGUUGGUAUGGGUAUUCUGAUUACUGUGUCUGGCAUACCCGCGUAUUUCUUCGGUGUUGCUUGGAAAAGCAAACCACUGUGGUUCCAAAACAUUAACAUUAAAGCUACUUGCGCUGUACAGAAGUUACUUCUAUCUGCAAGAGAAGAACUCGAAAUCGAUUAAACAGCAAUUUUAUAAUUACAUUAUCGCUCAAAAGUAUUGAGCAUUUCUAAAUUUUGAAAAGAGAGUCUAGCUAAUUUAUU